AUAGCUUGAUUAGGAUGGCCAAGACGGAAGCAGACACACCUUAAACCGGUGCGGAGGCGGCGACGAGCUGAAGUGCUUCAGCCGAUAUGGAUUCCUCCGCCGAUCACAGCGAUCAUAAGAGAUCCGAAGGCGAUCAAUCUACCGACUACGCUCCCUACCCCACGUUAACUGCCGAGGACGUUGCGCCCCCUCCGCCGCCCUCCGUUGCCUCCGGCCAUCGCCAUGCCGCCUCCAUGCCGGCGAAUUAUAAUCCCUAUGUCACCUCUUCUCCCGCUAGCAAGAGUACGGCUGAUACGGUGCGGGAAGCUCUAGGGAAAUUGGGGAAGAAGGUCAGCGAAGCAGCGAAGAAGACAGAGGGACUCGCCGGGGAUGUUUGGCAGCACUUGAAGACAGGCCCUAGUGUUGCUGAUGCAGCUAUGGGAAGGAUUGGUCAGAUAUCCAAAGUCAUAGCUGAAGGAGGUUAUGAAAAAGUUUUCCAACAAUCUUUUGAAAUUCUUCCAGAAGAAAAACUGAAGACUACAUAUGCUUGCUACUUGUCGACAUCAGCUGGCCCUGUCAUGGGAGUUCUAUAUCUCUCAACUGCUAAACUUGCAUUCUGUAGUGACAAUCCGCUCUCAUAUAAAGUUGGAGAUAAAACUGAAUGGAGCUAUUAUAAGGUAGCAGUUCCUCUUCAUCAGCUAAGAUCAAUUAAUCCUGUUACAAGCACAGCAAAUGCAGGUGAAAAAUAUAUCCAGGUCGUGUCGAUAGACAACCAUGAGUUCUGGUUCAUGGGCUUUGUCAACUAUGACAGUGCUGUUAAAAAUCUACUACAAGCAGCGCAAGGUGCCCGUUAACCAAAUUUGCUGGUGUUUAUGGUAUUAGACUUGCUCCUUGAAUGAUUUUCUUGGUGCAUGAUUUGUAUGGUUUGAAUAAAAAUUGUACAGGCACUCGGUUUUUUCAGUUACUCUUGCUUGAUAGUAUUUGUAUCCAUCGUCCGGGAUUCCUUUUUAUAUUAUUUUUAUUUCAUUCA